CGAGUAGUCGUGCAAUCGCUCAGACCCCAGUUGUGCAAGCCGCGGCCCAAUCCACACGCUCUGUUUACCAGCCGCCAGCACAGGCCGAAACAAGGAACCAUCUCGCCAACUCGCCUGCGAUUCUAGCCACUGGCCCUGGAUACCUGGCUGCAUCCUGUAGCUGUGACCAUUCAGGGUCUGUGCAAGCGCCCAUUCAUUCUAUAACAGGUGUUGUGGCAAUGCACCUCUGAUUCAAGUCCAGGCGCUCAAAUCAGAUUCAUAAAAACCACCUUCUCAUCGCUACCUCACCUCCCCUUCUCUUCUCUCCUUCAUCUGGAAUCCUCACCUUCGUCAGUGUCGAAGGCUUGAGCUUGAGCUUCCACCCAGCUCCUCCAACCCCCCUGUCUCUCUCCCACGCCAAAAAAGACACACUACCCUGAUACUUCCUGGGGCCGGCCUCCCCACCUCUCUCUCAAGCCUCCUUCGAGCUCGCAUCCUACCCCAAAGUGCGCCCUAGUCCUCCUCAGUCACAGACAAGCCGAGGGAACGACACUCUGUCCGCUGCUCCAGGUUCCAACCCCUGACAACCCGACCGAUCCUUGCCUGCGCCAUCCAGGGUGCAAGAAAAACCCUAACCACCCCUCCAACGGCGCAGCUCCCAAGCCAUCCGCCAAAUCUGUGCUCCGUACCUGGAGUUUAUCGUCCGCCUAUCCACUAGCUGCAGAGGCCACACCCACUCUCCUGCAUUUGCUACAUCACUUCGGGUGCACCUUUUCAGGAGAACGACUCGCUUGGAUACUACGAGACUCUCUCUCAAACAUCAGGAGCUGCAUCCCUGGGCCGUGCCUGGGACCACCCAUAAUUCGAUAUAUCCCACAGACCACAGGCUCGUGUGCAUUUCUUGAGUCUCUUCCUGCUGGCCAGGUGAAAAAAAAGUCUACAGAAAUCAGGGCCAGUUAAUAUCUUGGAUACACCCAACCUCCCCCGCUUGUGUCAGAGGCCUGUCACUUCACUUCAGUCCACUCGCUUCGUACCCAACUCUUGAAACCACUCUGAGAGAAUUCUGAGGACAAGUCCAUAAACUCGUCGACUCGCCUCAUCUCAAGUCCCUCCCUUCAUCUCUUCGCCUUCUUGCCACCAGGGUCAAACGAUCGAUCGCAAACAAAUCCCGUCAUGGAGUCCAAAUACACCUUGGCCCAGAACAGGGCUGCCUUGGAAGAGUUUGUUCGCCAACCUGUGCGCACCUACAUGGUCCAGCACCUUGCAAAGCAAGCUUCACAGGUUAUCCGAUGUGAUCCAGAGCCUCUGCCUGCUGCAGACUCAUUGCCUACUCCCCCGUCCACUCCGCCUCACCAAUCUUCAGCAGAGCCCGCUCCAGCUCCUCUACCGAGCCUUGAACAGUUCAUCAGCUCCCUCGUCCACCGGUCUGCUGUUCAAGUGCCCACCUUGAUGACCUCCCUGGUCUACCUUGCCCGUCUUCGAUCAAGACUGCCCCCUGUCGCCAAAGGAAUGAGGUGCACCGUCCAUCGUAUCUUCCUCGCGUCCUUGAUCUUGGCAGCGAAGAACUUGAACGAUUCGAGCCCGAAGAACAAGCACUGGGCAAGAUACACAACGGUUAGGGGUUACGAGGGCUUCGGUUUCGGACUGGCAGAGGUGAAUCUGAUGGAGAGACAACUCCUGUACCUGCUUGACUUCGAUACUCGAGUGACUGAACAGGACUUGUUUGACCACUUUGAGCCAUUCCUUGCUCCCAUCCGCUUCCAGAUGGAGCUGCAGCAAGAAGAGGCUGAACUCACCAGCGGCCACCGUCACUGGCACUCUCAACAGACCUCUUACGACUCAUCAAUGUCUGUACCGCCUCUGACGCGCAAGGAGCCGGUCCAGCCUGUCGUCGCAACGCCUCCACCCAGAGCAGUCGGUGUCUACGAUUCCCCCGCUUCCUAUGUUGAUGAGGACAUGGCUACUGGUCGCUAUCCAAGACACAAGGCCAAUAACAGCUCGUUGUCGUUACCUGCUCCCAGUCAUCGACGAUGGCCAUCUCCGUUCCGCCAUCACGGCAACAGCCGAUCGGUGUCACCACCGUCUAUUCGAGAUCUUCCGCCUCUAGUUUCCUCCGGCAGACCUGGCACGAUGCACAGCCACAGCAGUUCCCGAUCCUCGUCACUGGCCCCUUCGUCACGAUCUCGAUCUUCGUCGCUCGCACCAACUUCUCGAGGUACUCCAUACACAGCGUCAUCAAACAUCGACGACAGUAUUGUGGUGGUUGACCUGACUCAGAGCCCUGAUGCCUCAUAUCACAGUACAUAUGCCAAGACCAUCUCAGCGUCGCGGCCCAGCCUCAAAGGCCAUCAGACUAGCUUCCAAGGCGAGAGUCAACAGCCGGCCAAAAAGGUCAAGUCCGAAACCGGUGUCGGCAGUGUGAUGGCGAGGUUCUUCAGUUCCGCGACGAGCAAUUAUCGGAUCGGAAGGACACCUAUCCAACAGGCAGCUUAGGAGGCUGUGACUGUUGUUGACGACAUGAACACAGGAAGGAAACGCAAGCGACCACGUCACAACUGAUCUACAGAAGAGUUGUAAUAUCGACCCAGAUGCUGAUGACCAAGCUGAUUCCCCAACGACCUCAUGCCAUCUAAGUCUCCAGACUUUGAGACCAUACUCUCAUUUUACGGCAAUACUCUUUUUUUUAUGUGGUGCGGUCCAAUAUCUUGCAUAGCGACGGCGUUGCUGGGGGGCGUUUGAAAAUUGACACACAAAUUAACCGGGCGGGCAUAUUUCUUGGAGACGAUGGAGCUGAACCAGCACGGAUUUUUCACAUGUAACACUAGAUCCUACUUUAGUCAGAGAUCGCCUGGAGUCGGGAAUGAAAGGAUCAUCCGCAAACAAGCAGUAUUCGUUGGACUGGUGCCAAUGAGUCUUUUCCUUGUUCGGUACGAGAGAGGGAGAGGAAAAGGGAAGAGAAACUCAAAAGGGUGACGAUGAUGAUUGAAGCCGCGCUACGGCCCGCACGAAGACCAACACCAACCGAAACCUUGGAUGGGCAGAUUCUUUCCUAUUACUGCUGGAGAAGAAUGGCCCGCCCUCUCGAGGCUUGGGAGAGUUUGUUGGACAAAAUCAAAGUAUUAUUGAAUGGACUUUUCCCUGAGAUCGGAAAACACAUAUCCCGGAACCUUUUUUGGAUAGAAGUCAAAAAAACAAACUCUUAAGCAAGAA